CAAGAGAUCUGCAAGUGCAGUCUAAGCAGGGGGGUGUUGUCUCCCAAGCACUGAAAAUCAUGUGCCACAAUCUUCACCUCUGUACUGUGUACCGUUUUCUCAGCUAAGACACUGCAUAGUGGCCCAAGCACUGACUUUUAGUGAUCAAAGCCAUUUGAAUUACAGGAGGUGUAUCUGUCAGUCUAUCUGUUACCUGUUUAGUGAGAGGAUUGAGAGGCGUGUGACUGAGCCUGCUGUCAGUGCCACCUUGCCCCUAGCUUUGGAGUUGAAACAGAGAAAGUUAACAUUCAGGUCUUUCAGGAUUACUUGCCAUUAGUUUACCUGUAUGGAUUGUGCUUUCAGUUUCUACAGUCGCAGCAGAGAGACACCCAGCAUUGAAAACAAGACCCUGACACUCAGAAGCUGUGUGGGACUCACACCUUUUAAAAGUUGCUGGUGUGGGAUGAUCAGUAGAGAAGAUGGAAAAGAAAAAUGCAGACCAGGAAACUGUUACAGGUGCACCAGGAAUCCACAGCGUUUCACAGAGUUUUGGCAGUUUUGGCCAUGACUACAAGGGUAUAAUCCCUGCACGUGAUGCCAGCUCCAUGAAUAUCGAAAGACCUAAAUUCAGCAACUAUAAGAUUCCUGGUUUGUUGAGGAGAGUUUUCAAGGGGUCUGAUAGAAAGUCCAGACAUCAAGAGGUUGGUGAAUGGAGCCUGGAAGAGUGUCGACACUCCAUCAUGGAGCUGGCAAAGGAGAUGAACAGAGUCGUGAAGAACUCUGCCAUACCUGCCCCUGUGUCCAGUGAGGAUACAUGCAGCCUGGAAGAGUGUCGCUGCUUCAUCAUGAAAUGGGCUGACGAGUUGGACAAGCUGGUCCAGACUCCAAAGCAAAGUGCAGGGCUGGUUGAUAGAAGAAAAGGGGUGGGGCCGAGUGAAGAAGAUUUCACAGGAGCAGAGGAGAUGGAACAGAAUGAAGGGGAGGAGCUGGAUGAGAUGGGGGGGUGUGGCAAAGUGGUAGGUGAAUACAGGGGGCUAAAUGAGAAGGUGGAACAUUAUGAAGAGGUGGGGGAGAAUGAAGGAGAGGAGCUGAACCAAGAGGAGGAGCAAAGACUGAAGGAUGGUCAUGACAUCAUCAUGGAGUGGACAAGGGAGCUGAAGACAGUGCCGGAGAACUCUGUCUCAGCGGGGGAGGCUGUGGAACAGGGUCUUGCAGAGCUGGUGAAGGAGUGGAAACGAGGCAAGCUGAGGAACAUCUUACCCAUCAUGGAGUUCAUCAUGUGGGCCCGGAUCAAGGAGGAGGCAGACAAGGGAAUUGUCACUCGGAUGUGGUUCUGUAGAAUGCUAAAAUCUCAGAAUAUUGGUGCUGGGAGAUGCCUUCCUGAUUCAGUGUGGCAGUGGAUUCACAAGGCAUCAGUUGACGUGACUCUUGACCCUGAUACAGCACAGCCCUGGCUCACCCUGUCUGAGGAUGGGAAAAGAAUGAGACGGGGAGAGACACGGCAAGAUCUCCCUGACAAUCCAGAGAGAUUUGAUGGCUGGCACUGUGCGCUGGGCAGGGAGGGCUUCACCUCAGGGAGACACUACUGGCAGGUGCAGGUGUGGGGGAAUACAUGGUGGAGAUUAGGAGUCAGCAGAGAGUCUGCCCCGAGGAAGGGGGAGUUCAGCAUGACCCCCCAGAAAGCUUACUGGACUUUGCAGUGGUGGAGGUGUAGAGAUAGCCAUGAGUUCAGUGCUCUCAUUGACCCCGAGACCCCCCUCCCCUCGAACCUGAAGCCCCGGAGGCUGGGGGUGUAUCUGGAUUAUGAGGAAGGGCUGCUCUCCUUUUACAAUGUGGAGACCAGAUCUCACAUCUACACUUUCAGUGACAUGGAGUUCAAUCCCAAUGAGAAACUCUAUCCACUCUUCUGGACUUGGGACUUAAAUACAGACCUUGUGCUGGAGUCCCCUGACCCUGACCCUGUCAGCACUGCAGAUUAAACACACAUUGCUGUCUGAACCAGGAAACUAUUCAAACAGCUCAGACAAUCUCCUCUUCACUUUCACUAACACUCUCUCUGCACUCUUGUGGGCUGAUGAUACAAAGUCCUCUCUCUUCCACCCUCUUUACUCUGAGCCCCUCUUUAUUUUUUUACACCCCCUUUCUUUCCCUUCCUGUCUCCCUCUCCCCAUACCCUACACAUCUUUAUCUCCAGAUAUCCUCUCCUUCACUUGUUAUCUUCUGCUUUCCUCCCCCUACCCCUCUCUCCUCUCUGCUUUUCUCUCCCCCUCUCUCCUUCUCUCCUCAUCUCUCCCCUCUGAUAUGUUACCCUUACUUACUACUCUCCUCUCUCCUGUCUCAUCUCCUCACCCCUCUCUCUUUCUCUCAUAUCCCCUCCCCUUCUCUCCUCUUCUAUCCCCCUUCCCUAUGGCUCUCCUCUCCUCAUUCUCUCUCCCUUCCCUCUGAUAUGUUACGCAUACAUUUUGAUUUACUUGGGUUACAACUUAAAAUCUCUCAUCUACCUUCUCCUCCCUGCCCUCUCAAUCUCUCCUCCCCUGCCCUCCAUACUCUUCCUCUCUCCUCCAUUGUCCUCCCUACUUCACCUAUCCCCUCCCUGCCUUCUCUACUCUCUCUCCUCCACUGUCCUCUCUACACUUCUUCUCUCCUCUUCUGCCCUCCCUACUCUCACCCUCUCCUCUCCACCCGGCCCUCUCUACUCUCCCUCUCUCCUCCCCUCUCUCCCUACUCUUCCUCUCUCCUCCCCCUCUGUCAUCUCCCUCUCCUCCCCAGACUUCUCUACUCUCCUGCUCUCCUCCCAUACCCUCCCUACUCUUCUCCCUCUCUCCUUCAUCUCCAUCUCCACCCUACCCCCUCUACUCUCUCUCCUCCCUUGCCCUCUCUUUCCUCCCCUGCCCUCUACUCUCCCUCUCUCAUCCCUGCCCUCACUCCUCCCUGCUCUCUACUCUCCCUCUCAUCACUGCCAUCUCUCCUCUCCCACACAACCCUGCCCUCUCUACUCUUCCUCUCUCCACCCAUCCUCCCUACUCACCUCCCUGCCCUCUUUCCACUCUGCCCUCUCAUCAUCUCUCAUUUCUACUCUCCCUCUCUCCUCCGCUAUAAUCUCUAAUCUCUUUCAUCCCAUGUAAUCCCUACUCUCCCUAUCUCCACACUGACCUAUCUCCUCUCUCCACACUGACCUCUCCACUCUCCCUCUCUCCACACUGACCUCUCCACUCUCCCCCUCUCCACACUGACCUCUCUACUCUCCCUCUCCUCCCUGUCCUCUCUACUCUCUCCACUCUCCCUCUCUCCUCUCUACUUUCCCCUCUUCUUUUAUGUGGUGAUAUAGCUGUGGAAUGUGGCAGACCUGGAAGCCGCCAGCAUUAGUAACUGUAGGACCAUAAGUGUAGUUAAAGGGUUAAACACUAGAACUACCGGGCGUACAUACAUACCUGGAACUACCGCAGCAGUCAUUUUUACGUUAUAUUAAAAUGUGUAUAAAACUACUGCAGCGUCGCACGCUACGAAACUGUUCUGUGUUAAUGUAGUCAAAACAGCGUGUUUAUUUUAACAUACCAAACAGAGUGCUUACCUUUAAUUACAAUCUCCUCACUUGUAUUUUCCCAUCAUUUCUUUGUAAAUCAGACAUUCCCCCAUCCUGCCUGUGAUAUCUGGAGUGUUAAAACUUUGGUUUGCGAAAAAUGUUGCGUUUUGAUGUUAUUAUUUGUUUUCCUUCAGGAUAUUGUCUGUGACACAAUUUUUGCAGCCUGUUUACACACGUGAGGGAAACCUGUUACAACACGAGCACUGACAUGAGGCUUGGGGGUGGUGCUGGAAGGGGACUUAUGAUUGCAAAUGCUGGGCUGUGAAACAGAGUGGUUUUAGCAGAUCAGAGACGACUUUUGGCAUGCAGCGGGAGCUUACAACACUCUGUGGGAGCAAUAGAGAAUAGUGUCAGAGAUUUGUUUGUUUGACUGUUUUAUACAAGUGUUUUCUGUUUACCCUUUUAUUUUGUGCCUGAGUUCGACUCUGUUAGCUGUUCAAUGGUAAUUUCCGUCUCCAGUUUUGCAGUAGCUGGUUUGGUACACUGUUAUUGAGUAACUUUUUUUUUUUCAAUAUAAUCACGUCUAAGACUUCCAUAGAUAAAAGCGCAUUCAAUCUUUUUACAGCUGUUGAUAGAUAAAUCAUGUCUGAAAAUGUCUCCUGUAGCUAUUCAAAACAAGCACAAAGUUCUCAAGUUCAGCAGCACGAAGCCAAACCAUGGCAGUCAAAAUGACAGCUGCGGUAGUUCUAGGUAUAACGUAUCAGAUCUCCAUAAGUUUCUGCAACCCUGGAUCUACUGAUGGUUUGAGAUGAUUGAUUUAUAUAUAUAUAUAUAUAUAUAUAUAUAUAUAUAUAUAUAUAUAUAUAUAUAUAUACACAGACAUGCUCAAAUUUGUUGGUACCCUUACAGAUCAUUGAAAUAAUGCUUCAUUCCUCCUGAAAAGUGAUGAAAUUAAAAGCUAUUUUAUCAUGUAUACUUGCAUGCCUUUGGUAUGUCAUAGAAUAAAGCAAAGAAGCUGUGAAAAGAGAUGACUUAUUGCUUAUUCUACAAAUAUAUUCUAAAAUGGCCUGGACACAUUUGUUGGUACCCCUUAGAAAAGAUAAUAAAUCAUUGGAUUAUAGUGAUAUUUCAAACUAAUUAGUUUCUUUAAUUAGUAUCACACAUGUCUCCAAUCUUAUAAUCAGUCUUUCAACCUAUUUAAAUGGAGAAAAGUAGUCACUGUGCUGUUUGGUAUCAUUGUGUGCACCACACUGAACAUGGACCAGAGAAAGCAAAGGAGAGAGUUGUCUCAGGAGAUCAGAAAGAAAAUAAUAGACAAGCAUGGUAAAGGUAAAGGCUACAAGACCAUCUCCAAGCAGCUUGAUGUUCCUGUGACAACAGUUGCAAAUAUUAUUAAGAAGUUUAAGGUCCAUGGAACUGUAGCCAACCUCCCUGGGCGCGGCCGCAAGAGGAAAAUCGACCCCAGAUUGAACAGAAGGAUAGUGCAAAUGGUAGAAAAAGAACCAAGAAUAACUGCCAAAGAGAUACAAGCUGAACUCCAAGGUGAAGGUACGUCAGUUUCUGAUUGCACCAUCCGUCGCUUCUUGAGCGAAAGUGGGCUCCAUAAAAGAAGACCCGGAGGACUCCACUUUUGAAAGAAAAACAUAAAAAAGCCAGACUGGAAUUAACUAAAAUGCAUAUUGACAAGCACAAUCCUUCUGGGAGAAUGUCCUUUGGACAGAUGAGUCAAAACUGUCCAAGUCACAUCAGCUCUAUGUUCACAGACGAAAAAAUGAAACUUUCAAAGAAAAGAACACCAUACGUACAGUGAAACAUGGAGGAGGCUCAGUUAUGUUUUGGGGCUGCUUUGCUGCGCCUGGCACAGGGUGCCUUGAAUCUGAUCUGAAUCCUAUCAACAUCUAUGGAAAGAGCUGAAACUUGCAGUCUGGAGAAGGCACCCAUCAAACCUGAGACAGCUGGAGCAGUUUGCUCAGGAAGAGUGGGCCAAACUACCUGUUAACAGGUGCAGAAGUCUCAUUGAGAGCUACAGAAAACGUUUGAUUGCAGUGAUUGCCUCUAAAGGUUGUGCAACAAAAUAUUAGGUUAGCGGUCCCAUCAUUUUUGUCCAUGCCAUUUUCAUUUGUUUUCUUAUUUACAAUAUUAUGUUGAAUAAAAAAUCAAAAGCAAAGUCUGAUUUCUAUUAAAUAUGGAAUAAACAAUGGUGGAUGCCAAUUACUUUUGUCAGUUUCAAGUUAUUUCAGAGAAAAUUGUGCAUUCUUCGUUUUUUGUGGAGGGGUACCAACAAAUUUGAGCACGUCUGUAUAGGCUAUGCGAUCAUUUAUAGAAAGCUAUUUAUUUAAAAAGAUAUAGCACUCUCAAUGUUUUUACUUGAAUGUUUAAACUAUAUAUUUGUAGAAGUCUAAAAGUCUAAAAUAAAUGAAACGGAAUCAAGCACCCCUAAUAACGCUACACAUGUACAAUAAUAUCCCUCUAUUUAGACACUGAACAUUUCUAAUGUUAUAUACAGUACUUUAGUUCUUCUCCCCCUUGGUAUAAUCGGGUAGGAGUGCCAGUGUAAAAGGGGCUUAUAUCUGUAUCUUAAGAUCACCAGUAGUGAGUCCUAUCCUGAACUGGUGUGAGUGGUACAGGAAAAACAAAUAGCUAGUAAUGUAACCCACAUGCUCCCUCCCUCCCUGUCUGCCACACUAUCACGCAAUCUAGAAUGACAAUGUCACAGCUACUGGGAGUCAUUCACCUGCUAGACUGCAUUCUGAAUGUGACUGUCCGUCUUCCUUUCCACCUCCUUGCAUGCUGUUGGGAGAGCCUUCCUCUCCAGCACCUUGCUCUCUCACGCAGAUUCUCUCCAGCUCAGGGAUGUUUGGUUUGAAGUCCUCGGAUUCUUCCUUCCCUGGUUCCAUGUGGUCAAACUCUACUUCAGGGGGCUCGUUUUUUUUGUGGAGGGGUACCAACAAAUUUGAGCACGUCUGUGUAUAUAUAUAUAUAUAUAUAUAUAUAUUAUAUAAGGGCUCUGGAUCUUAGAUAAAAAAGGCAGAUUGGAAAUAGGCUGGUAGUUAUAGGCUGGAUGAAUGAAUUACGAUCUCGUAAUAUUGUAUUAAUCAGAUUUCACUGAAAUGUAUAUUCUAAUAUUUACUGAUUGGUAUUCACUCAAACAGCUAUCCUGCUUGCAGAUUCAUAUUAUUUGAUUAUUGAUUUAAGAAUAUUGCUACUCCUAUAUAAACGACAUUCUAGACAAUAGAUUGUUUUGUUUGCAUUAUUUUCCAUGUAAUCAAUAUUUACACUGAAGCUGAGAUGCUCCCUGAAUAUUAUUCAUUGCUAAACUUAGUGAACUGAUUUCUGCUAUUUUGAUAUGAAUCUUCUGUUCUGUUUUUGUAGCGCAUCUAUUUUCUAUCUUUCUUGAUAAAAUGUAUAAAAGAUAUAA